AUGUCGCGUGAAGUGAGGUGGGUUGUGUUUUCCCUUCGUCCUCAUCGUUACUAAAGGACAAAUGUCCGUUUAAUGCGUCCAGGCAUUGCUGUUCUGGUCCUCAGUGGACGCUACGCAGGCAGGAAGGCUAUUGUUAUUAAAAGCUAUGACGACGGCUCGAAUGACAAGCCCUACGGACAUGCCCUUGUAGUUGGGAUCGAUCGCUAUCCCCGCCGCAUUUUGCGUAAAAUGGGGAAAAAGCGUAUCGACAACCGCUCGAAGAUAAAGCCGUUUAUCAAGCUUGUGAACUACAAUCACCUUAUGCCAACGCGACACGCGGUCAAUAUCCCGUUCAACACGGCCGUUAUCAACAAGAACUGUCUGGCAGAUAAACCAAAGAAGCGUGUUGCACUCCUGGACGCCAAGCUGAAGCUACAGCAAAGGUAACAACGAUUUCCAUGUUCUCUCAUUUAGAUAGGUAUCGUUCAAACGAGAACCCAUGGUUCUUUAGGAAACUCAGGUUCUGA